CCGGCCGUCGGGGCUGCAGCCAUCCUGCCAUCCAUCCGUGCCGGGGUCUGCGGAGAUUCUAAUUAAUGUGACUCUCUCAUAACAAAAAGGACAAUGAAGGACUAUUCUGCAAAUUCCACAGAACAGGACCUCUCUGAUCCUGAAUCUGGAAACAAGGGGUGUGAUGGUACUUCUUUACCACAUGAAGAACAUGUAGAACAAAUUGACCAGUCAAAGCCCAAAAAGAAAACGAAGGAAGAUGAGAAGCCAGAGAAACGAAUUGUUGGCAUUCUUGAAUUGUUUUGCUAUGCUGAUGGGGUGGAUGUCCUGUUGAUGAUAGUUGGUUUGGUCGCAGCGGCUGCAAAUGGUACUGGAAUGCCACUUAUGAUCAUUGUCUUUGGAGAGAUGACAAACAGCUUUGUGCUAAGUGGCAUGCAAUCCAAUGAUACUUCAGUAAACACUUCCAGCUGCCUACCAAAUCCAGGCGUGGAUAUAGAAGGUGAAAUGACAAAGUUUGCUUACUACUUUGUGGCUAUUGGCUUUGCUGUGUUUAUCCUGAGCAUGAUCCAAGUGUGGACAUUUUUGGUUGCUGCUGCAAGGCAAACUGCAAGGAUACGGAAGAUGUUCUUUUUUGCAGUGCUCCAUCAGGAGAUGGCUUGGUUUGAUACUACCCAGAUAGGAACACUGAACACCAGACUGACAGAUGACAUCAACACCAUCCGUGAAGGCAUCGGAGACAAGAUCAGUAUAUUUCUGCAGUUUUUUUCCACGUUUGUGUCAGGGCUUAUUAUAGGAUUCAUCUAUGGCUGGAAGCUGGCACUGGUGGUUACGUCAGUCAGCCCACUUCUUGCUGCAUCAACAGCAAUUUGGUCAACUCUCCUGGCAUCUCUUACUGCUAAAGAGCUGUCUGCUUAUGCCAAAGCAGGAGCUGUGGCCGAAGAAAUUUUGACAUCAAUCAGGACUGUUGUGGCUUUCAAUGGACAGCAGAAGGCAUUAGAAAAAUACGAUGCGAACUUAGAGACGGCUAAACGUGUUGGAAUGAAAAAAUCCAUUACCACUAACACAUGUCUGGGUCUUUCACAAUUUUUUAUCUUUGGAUCCUAUGCCCUUGCAUUUUGGUAUGGAACCAAACUCACUGCUGAGGAUCCACAUUAUGACAUCAGCUGUGUGUUAAUUGUGUUCUUCUCUGUGCUUAUUGGAGCUUUCUCCCUGGGCCAGGCAGCUCCUAACCUGGAGACUGUGGCCAGUGCACGUGGGGCUGCCUAUGAAGUAUAUAAGAUUAUCAAUAAGAAACGGCUCAUAGAUAGCAGUUCUAAGGAAGGCUACAAGCCAGACAAACUUGUAGGAGAAAUUGAAUUCCGAAACAUCCAUUUCAGUUACCCUUCCAGACCGGAUGUUAAAAUCCUCAAAGGUCUAAAUUUGAAAGUUCAAACUGGGAAGACCAUUGCUUUAGUUGGUGCCAGUGGCUGUGGAAAAAGCACUACUGUUCAGCUGCUGCAAAGAUUCUAUGAUCCUGACCAGGGAGAAGUGAGUGUCUGCAAAAACAUUGUAAAAACUUAGAGCUGUUAGGACAUGCAUGAAUU